UCCUCCUCCUCCUCUCUACUGUUCAAGGAAGGGGAGAAAGCGCAGGCACAGAGCAGGCGGAAUUAAUGAGCAGCCCCGGAUGCGCGCUGCCUCCGGGCACGGGGAGGCUCCAGCUCUCCAUAGGAAAGCCGAGCGAGGAGAGGUUUCCCCGCUGCUGUUGGAGACGGCAGCAGCAGUACCAGCUGGAUCGGAGUAGCUAAAAGUUGCGGCGGCCCGGACGGGGAGUGGAGGUGUCACUCUGCUUUCCCCCUAAGGUUCGCUGGGGGAUGAGGGAGCCCGGGAACAAUUCUCCCUCUUGCCCGACCUGGGCUGUCUGCCUUUAGAUACACACACGCCUAUAUACACACACGCCCUCUUCGUCCCUCCUUCCCUCUUUCCCGGCCGUCUCCUCCCCACUCCUCCUCCUCCUCCUCCGCUUUCCCCUCCUCCUUCCCUUCCCCCAGAGAAGCCGGAGGAGGCCGGAGCGGUCGGUCGGUGGGUCGGGCAGGCAGGCGCUCCUGUUGUGUCUCUCCGGGCUGUCUCCUCUCGGCCCAGCAGCUGCCGAAGAAAGAAUCUCCCUUCCUCCGUCGGGUGCGAAGCAGCCAUGAGCGGCGGGGAGGUGGUCUGCUCGGGCUGGCUGCGAAAGUCGCCGCCGGAGAAGAAGUUGAAACGCUACGCAUGGAAGAGGAGAUGGUUUGUACUCCGCAGUGGUCGAUUGACAGGGGAUCCAGAUGUGUUGGAAUACUACAAAAAUGACCAUGCCAAGAAACCAAUUCGUAUCAUUGACUUGAACUUGUGUCAGCAAGUGGAUGCUGGAUUGACAUUUAACAAAAAAGAAUUUGAAAACAGUUAUGUUUUUGACAUCAACACAAUAGACAGAGUCUUCUACUUGGUUGCCGACAGUGAAGAAGAGAUGAAUAAGUGGGUUCGAUGUAUUUGUGACAUCUGUGGGUUCAAUCCUACUGAAGAUGAUGCUGUGAAGCCACCUGGCAGUUCUCUACAGGCAUCUGCCGAAUUACCCUUAGCUGUCAACACUUCCAUACCAUCUGUGCAAGCAGAACUGUCCCUACCUCCACCGUAUCAGCUAAUUAACAUCCCACCAUUAGAGUCGGCCUCUAGUCAAGAAGAUCCACAAGACUACCUGUUACUAAUUAACUGUCAGAGCAAGAAGCCUGAACCCACAAGCUCUUAUGUUGUCUCGGAUGAAGGGGAGGAGUAUUUACUGCUGGAGGAUUUUGAAAGUAAAAAGAUUCCAUUGCAGUCACAAUCUGACUCAGCAAAAACUGCCUCUUCUGAAACAGACUGCAAUGAUAAUGUGCCUUCCCAUAAAACAUCUGUACAGUCACUGAACAAGCAUGUGGUGAAUGGAUUUUUUCAACAGCAAAGUGUGUAUGACUCUCCCCCUCCAAGAGCUGCCUCAGUAUCAGUAGAUGGCAGCCUUUAUAAUCUGCCAAGGAGUUAUUCGCAGGAUGUUUUACCCAAGGCGUCUCCUUCUGGGACUGAUGCAGAUGGAGAGCACCAUGUUUUCAGUGCUCCAUCUGCAACAUCUUCUCUUGAUGCACAGAUGAAGGCUUUCUCCAUUAGUUAUGACAUUCCCCCAACACCUGGAAGUACUUACCAGAUUCCGCGAACUUUUCCAGAAGGAUCAUUGGCUCAGAGUUCGAAGCUAGAGACUAUUCCAGAUGUUCCUCCACCUCGGCCACCAAAACCUCACCAUCCUUCAGACCGCUCCCCUGUGGAGGUGUGCAGUAUCUCCCGUACUUCCUCAGACACAGAUAGCAGCUACUGCAUCCCUACAGGGGGAAUGCUCCCAUCACGCAGCAACACAAUUUCCACCAUGGAUUUGAAUAUAUUUCGUAAAGAUAUUGGUUCUCAAGAUUGUUAUUUUAUUCCACGAACAUUUCCAAAUGACAGAUCAAGCUCACUGGAAGGCUUCCAUAACCACUCUAAAAACAAAAGCCUAUUGACUGUGGGAAGUGUUUCAAGUGAAGAAUUGGAUGAAAAUUAUGUCCCCAUGAAUCCAAACUCUCCCCCACGGCAGCAUUCUAGCAGUUUUACUGAAGCUAUCCAGGAAAUGACGAACUAUGUGCCAAUGACACCUGGCACCUUUGACUUUUCUCUGUUUGGAAUGCAAGUCCCACCACCAGCACACAUGGGCUUUAGGUCCAGUCCAAAGACUCCUCCCAGAAAGCCAGUCCCCGUUGCUGAAUGUGAACCACCACCUGUGGAUAGGAACCUCAAGCCAGACAGGAAAGGUCAGAGCCCUAAAAUUUUAAGACCUAAGCCACAUGGUUUAGAGCGAACAGAUUCCCAAACCAUAGGUGACUUUCCUACAAGAAGAAAGGUAAAACCAGCACCGCUAGAAAUAAAACCUCUACCUGAAUGGGAAGAAUUGCCAGCUCCAGUUAGAUCUCCCAUCACAAGAAGUUUUACACGAGAUUCCUCCAGGUUUCCUUUGUCUCCCCGACCGGAUUCAGUUCAUAGCACAACUUCCAGUAGUGACUCACAUGACAGCGAAGAGAAUUAUGUACCCAUGAAUCCAAAUCAGUCCAGUGAUGAUCCAGUUUUGUUUGGAAGCAGCAGUCUUGAUGGGGGAAGUAGUCCUAUGGUAAAACCUAAAGGUGAUAAGCAAGUGGAGUAUUUAGAUCUGGAUUUAGAUUCUGGAAAAUCUACCCCACCUCGCAAGAAAAAGAGCAGUGGUUCAGGCAGCAGUGUGGCUGAUGAAAGAGUUGAUUACGUUGUGGUUGACCAACAAAAAACACAAGCACUGAAGAGUACACGGGAAGCUUGGACUGAUGGGAGACAGUCUACAGAAUCUGAAAUGCCAACAAAAAGUGUAAAAUGAAAAAAAGAAUCCUCUUGUCAUCCUCCUUAAAUUUAUAAAAAGAGCUGCAGUUAUGCCAUUAACUGAUGGAAUAAUACUGGACAAUUCUUGAAUGAUCCCCCCCAAAAAUAUGAAAAUCAAAAUGAUAACAUGAGAUAAAACAGUAACCUGUGGCAUCUGGGUAAAUAAUACAAUGUAAAUUAAUGUGUAAAAUAGUAUUGCUUAGGUCCCAGAAAUGUCUUGGCCUGAAAUUAGCAUGUUUGUAGUAUUAUAAUGUUUUAUGCACUUUCUCCAUGUUAAAAUGUUGGUUCAGCUUUCCCCAGCUAAUGUCCUUUUAACACCUUUUCCCUCCUGACACUACUAUAUUUUGUAAUGUUCUAGGAAGUAAGCUACGUGUAUGAUACUGAAAUUAAGGUCUGAAGUGCAUUUUAACAGCUCAGAAAUGAAUUAGCAAGAAAUAGUUUCACAAUUUUAAUCUACUUGAAAUGUCAAGAGAUGAUUUGUUAAAUACCUGUGUUUUAUAUUUAAUACUUGCAAAGAAUAUUUGGAAGUCUGCAGGUUACCUUCCUAACAGAAAUGGCUGUGAGUUAGUAAUAAUAGACGUUAUUGGUUUUAGGAUCUACCCUUCUGUCUUACGCAAUUGCACACUAACACAGGAGCUCCUGUUGUAGUUUCAUUUAUGACAGUAUUCAUUGUUCAGUGAUCAAAGAUUCUGCAGGGAGGGAUCUUUUGUACUGAAGAAUUAAACUCCACAUAGUCCUGCCCACCACUGAUGGUUUGCAGUCACGAGUGAUCUUACACUUUAUUUGCAAACCAUCAUUUUUACAUUAUUUACAGAAGGUAGAAUCUCUUAACAUCAGGUACGUACCUAGCACCGUGGUGCUAACACACUUAUCAGGUUUAAACAAUGAGUUUUUAGUUUUCUACUUUUACCAAGCCUUAAUAUUGGUUUUCAGUAUGAAAAUUAAAGUGACGGUUUGACAUUCACUGUUGUAGUACUAGAAGAUACUGUGAUUUUUUUAAAAAAAAAAUAGAAUUCAGAUGGAAAUACUAAUGGUGAUAUCCAGCAUUAGUCAUAUUCACAGUACACCUGUUGAAAUCAAUGGACAUAAGUUACUUAAGUCUAUUGAUUUCAGUGGUUCAACUCUGAUUUGGUUGGAUAUGAUCCUAGGUCUUGACACCAUAGUGCUCUUUUAAUUAUCCUUAUUAAGCCUAGUUUCCUGCUUGGCCUUAUAUUUAAAUUCCUAUGCAACUGAUAUCUCUUAAUAUUUCGUGGGUUUUUUUAAAGAUAUUAUGUUGAAGUGAUCUCAUUUUUUUCCUUUUUUAAAAAAAAGCUUCUUCCCCCGGUACAGAAUUCAUAUUGAGUAAAUUGGAUCUAUUAAUUUUCUACCCCCUCUCCAAAUAGCAGCCUCCUCUAAAUUAGAAACCAAAUUUAGUAGUAAGGAAGAAAAUGUAGUUCUUUUUUUUUUUUUAAGUACACCUUAAUCAAUGAAUUAAUCUUGUCAUGAUGGAAAAUCUACUAAUUCAUUCUUAUAUGGAUACAUUAAAGUAAAUUUAUUCUUCUCCAUACCUCUUGGAUAUCAAGUGAACAUAGAACUAUGUUAGUAUUGUUUUAAUGAAUGCUGGCCUUAAUACUGUGCCUAAUUUCCUGUCCACCCCUGCCCCCAAACAGUAUGUAAAUUGUCUUUAUUCCUAACAAGGUUUCUUUUUAAAUUAGAAAUAUUUUGAUGUUUUGAAUGUGUUUUUUAAAAAACUUAAACACAUUGCAUUUUGAGAUGAAUUUUAAAUAAAUUCAAAUUUUUCUGUU